UCGGUCCACAAGGACGACGUCGGGCUGCCCAAGAAGCAGCAGCUGCUCGCCUCCUCGCCGCCGCCCAAGGACGGCAAGGCCGUCGACGGCGCCCCCGUCGGCGACGUCCUCGUCGACCUCAAGCGCAAGAUCGAGGGCUUCGGCCCCAGCAGGACCCCUGACACCGGUAGCAAGGAUGAGAUGUUCUUCGAGUCUCAACCGUGGUUAGAUUCCGACUGCGAGGACGACUUCUACAGUAUAAAUGGAGAUUUCACUCCGUCGCGCGGCAGCACUCCGGUCCAUCAACCCAGGGCGCAGACCGUGAUGAGCAGCGUAUUUCUACCUGACAACGCCGUGCAGAGUCCCAAUUCAUCGGAGGCUUCUCCAACUGGACGGAGAAAAUUAGCCGAUCUCCUGCAAGAGGCGACGCGGAACGACACUGGGGAGAGCGCCGACGCCGCCACCGGAGAGUCGGACGGCAGCAAGAGCGGACAACAAGCCGUUGCCCCAGCAGCUGGGAAGUCUGUGUCGGAGCGCAGCUCCGGCUGCAGCACGGAGCCGACGCCGGUGAGGGAGGCCAGGAGCCGGAAAGAGCGGGCCUGGUAUGCUGGCCGCUGCUGCCUGCCGACCUUCGUCCACAGCCUGGCCCUAGACGACGAGGGGCGGCAGAAGACGGGCCCUGGCCCCUGCGCCGUCUGACUGACGGUCGAAGGUCGACGGCGGGCGUCUCCGAGCUGUAUCUACUACGAUAUACCACUACUACCUGAACCUGAUCCAGCCCCUGAAUCGAGCUACUGUAAAGAUGGUGAGAGCGCUGAGAGUGCUAUACAUAUAAAUAUGCUUGUAAUAAUCAAGCGAAUGGUCCACUCCGGUGAGGUAGUUCAUGUGCUGCGUCCGGAACCCUUCCUAGCUCGAGAAAAUGCUUCGGCCUGUGCAUAUCUUAAAUCUCCUUGCCUGCCUCUGAUCUGAUCUGAACCUGAGUGAUCUCUCUCCAUGGAUAUGUUUUUCAGUUGCCAGCAGUUGGCCAGAAAGAAAAUGGCAUGAUUGAUGCC